AUGGGAAGGUCUCCUUGUUGUUCAAAAGUGGGAUUGCGGAAAGGUCCAUGGUCCUCCGAUGAAGACACUUUGCUAAGGAAUUAUAUUCAACAACAUGGUGAAGGCCAGUGGAGAUCUGUCCCCAACAAAGCUGGGCUGCUAAGAUGUGGGAAAAGCUGCAGAUUGAGAUGGAUGAACUAUCUCCGGCCAGGAAUAAAGAGAGGAAACAUCACUACCGACGAGGAAGAUCUUAUCACCAGACUCCAUUCCUUAUUGGGCAAUCGCUGGACACUGAUAGCCGGAAGAUUGCCUGGUCGAACUGACAAUGAGAUCAAGAAUCACUGGAACACCCAUAUGUUGAAGAAUCGCAAGAAUUCAGGUAUUCAACCAAAAAUACCCAAGCAUUCGAUGAAAUGCCCCGACCAAGAGACCCAAAAUGAAGUUGAACCAGAAACAGACAAGCGUUCAAAAAAAGGCCCCAAAAAGAAAACAAAAUUUACAGUGCCAGAAACUGGCAUUACGAGAAGACGAACAAAGAAGGAAAGCAAUGGUGAUGAUAAUACUAAAAAUACACAAGGUAGCGAGACCAGGACGCUCCAUAUUCCGAAACCCAUAAGGCUUUCUUCGGCAUGUUCGAGGAGUAACAGCUUAGACAGUGUGUUGAGUGCUGCAUCAGCAGGUGAUUUUUCAGUCGACGACGCAGAAAAGCUUAACCUGUGGCCUUUGGUUGAGAUUGAUCAUGCAAAUCGUGGGGGGUUUGAUCAAGUUUGGGAUGAAUGUCAAGAUUUUUUCAACACCUAUGAUUUCCCACUCCAUUAUUCCGAUUCUUCGAGCUCUGUAAUAAUGCUGGAGAAGGUGUAUGAUGAAUAUCUUCAGCUGCUGUAG